UUCUUGUUCUCCUUUCUUGCCGUGCCGGCUAUGUAUUUUAUUUGUUUUGCACCGUGUCUUCCCGAUGGUGGCUCGGCCGUUUCUAUGUUUUAGAUACCAUACUAUGAUUCAGUUCAGUUAAAUCAAGUAUACACAUACAUUAUAUACUGUUUUUAAAUAAACUGAAUUUGGUGUUUAUUUAUUUGUAUCUCAGAACACUCGUGUGAAGUUUCCGAUUUUUAUAACAACAUCACUUUAAAAUGUCUACUAAAAGAUCUUUGUCUCCUUAUAAUGAUGAUUCUGACGACUGCUACCUAUACAUAGGAAAUUUGCCAACACACAUGCAGCACCACAGCCAAAUCUAUCAGUUGUUGAAACAUAAUAUAGCACAAGACACAUACAUAAGUCAAAUAGUAUUUAUACACAUGAUAAAAUAUGAUGGUGACUUCAAUGGGGAGUGUGUUGUGGAGUUUCUUACUGCAACAGCUUGCAAGGCAAUUGAAGACAUAUUAAAAGGUGUAACAGUUGAAGGACGUAAACUGGAUAUUGAACCAAAUGCAAAAAACCGAAUAACAUCAAUCCAUAGAAUAAAAAGACAGCGUAACAGACUCGGAUAUGAAUCCAAACAGGGAUCCAAGAUUGAACAUAUGGUAAAAAAUGCUAAAACGGAAGAUAAUUCUAAUACAUAUUCAAAUCAAUUUCGGACUAAUGAAACAUAUGGGUUGUCUGUAAAAUUUCUGACAGACCUUGGCAUACAGCCACCUUUGACCAACAGAGUAAUUAUUUCCAAUCUUGGUGACGAUGUAACUGAAACAAAAAUUCGGGAGGUAUUCAGCUAUGCCGGUCAAGUGGUCACCGCGACCGUAUUUAACAAAAAAAACAAGAUUCUGGCCAGGGUCCAAUUUGACCACCCCGUGGAAGCUGUUCAGGCUGUAUCAAUGUUCCACAAUAAAGAAUUGUAUAACAGGCGUAUGUGUGUGGAGAUGCACAAAUGGAAUCGCACGACAAUAUUGCCCGAAGGCAUCACAUCAGUGGGCAUGGGCCUCGGGGCUAACGGCGAACCCAUGUCUUCUGUCCGACACACCAUAGAACUAGAACCAUUGAAAAAAUUGCUAUUAAAAGAACUCGAUAAGAUGCAGAAUCUUAAAUCUGGCGCCAACCAAUCAGAGGAUAACGCGAAUCAAUACCAAAACAACAUAUGGAAUAACAACCAAUCGGAUAAUAGUCAGAAUGAUAAUAGUGCGGGAAAUCCUAUGAACAUGUUGAUGCAAAGCGUUGGCGGGAAUUUAGGCUCACUCGGUUGGGUUUUGCAACAAGCAAUUUAUAGCCAGAUGCAGAAUCAGUGUGCUUAUGGUAACAUGUCCGAUCAGAACGCUUAUGCCAAUCAAAUCAUGGCCAAUCAAGGUGCGGUAGCGAAUCAAAACGUGGCCAAUCAGAGUGCGUUUGGGAAUCAAUCGGCCAAUCAGAAUGCAUUAAAUCAACCACAGAGCAGAUUCGAUGUGCCGCCCAAUGCGUUAACCGUAGUCCAAAGUACAAUGGUAAAUCAGAAUGAUUUAGUGAAACAAGUUCAGCAACUUGCAUAUCAACAAAACGCGAGUAUGUGGCAGACGCCACAAGCGACUAAGACUCGAUUCGAUAUUCCGCCUAGUGGUGUUACACAGAAUGUUGGAACCAACGUUGGCCAAAGUUGGAAUACUGGCAAUUGGCCCCAAACGCAGGCGCCGAGUCAAGCGAGCAACUAUGACAGAGGUGAUAGCAGCUAUGACAGAAGUGACAAUUGCUACGGCAGCUCCAUAAUUAACCAUGACGAAUUCGACGUGUCAAGACUCAGCGACGCAAAGACUUCGGAAAGUAAAACAUCUGAUAUGCUGCUCUUCACAAAUCUGCCGUCCAGCGUGACGUCACAGGCCCUCGUGAACAAGAUGAAUGAAGUGGGACCCCUGAAGUUCGCGGAGAUCACGGGACAAGGCCGCGCCAUCGUAAGGUUCCAGCAAGGGAGAGACGCCGAACGAUGUAUUAAGCUAUACGACCGCUCUAAGGUGGACGGACAAGUCAUUUCCGUGAAAUUUGUUUAAAACUGUGCUGUUGCCUCGAAAGCUGUUCAUGAACCUGCGUAAAAUUGGUAAUAUUUUAGUUCCAUUGAGAAAAUUAGUUUUCUCUAUGUAUCUACUACAUACCUAAUUAUUUUAAGCUAACGUUAAGAAUUUCUUUUGAAUAAAUUAAACAUUUCAAAUUA